AUGGACGACGACCAGGCGAUCGCGCUGGUUAGCCUGUGGACAGGCCCCGCCGACGACAUCGCUGCCAUCGACACCGCGACCGUGGCGACCGAGGGCACGUCUCGCUUCGUCGUGAUCCCUCGGGUCACGAGGGGCCCGGCACCGCCUCCUGCGCCACAGCCAACACCCAUGGGCGCGGAUGCCGGCCCCAUGCCAACGGUCGCCUCACCGCCACCGUCGACGCCACCCCCUGCACCAGGGCCGCCGCAGGAGACCCUCUUGGACGACAACAACCCGCUGGACACGCCGGAGCUACAACGAGGUCUCUCCACCAAGCUAGCGCAGAUGGAGGAUACAUUUCGCGACACUGCCCGACUCGUGGAGGCUCAGCGACGACAUCCAACACUUCAACGCCUCCUAGCCGACUUGAAAGCGGGACGUGGAGAGGACGAGGAUUACAUCCUGGCCGACGACCACCUGCUGUUGCACGCCCCGCGUGGCCGCGCGUGCGCGAUCGCGGUCCCCAAAGAGCUGGUGCCCACCGUGUUGGCACUCGUCCACGGCACGUACGGCCACCCUGGAGCGGCAUGCACCACCCUCUUCAUUGAGCGGAAAUCCCAGUGGUCGACCCUCAAGAAGGACGUCCUAGUCUAUGUCCUGUCCUGCAAGUGCCGCCGGCGGAAGCGUGCCUGGAGUACGCAAUUACUCAUGAUUCCGGCGCGCCUGCUUCAGCGGUGGGAGGUGCUCGAGAUGGGCAUCCAAGACCCCAAGGUACCUUCCGACAAGGGCAACCAUCACCUACUCGUGGUGGUCGACCGAGCCUCCACGUUCCUCACGGCAUUCCCGCUUCCGUCCAAGAAAGCCACCGGGCUGAGUCGCAAACUCUUGGAGCUCCUGCUCAUCUUUGGCCUGCCCUUCUCGAUCCGCUGCGACCCGGGUAGCGAGUUCACCGCGGAGAUGAUGCAACACCUCUGCCGCUGGCUGAAGAUGCCGCUGAACCACGGCGCUACAAACCAUCCCCGCGCCCAAGGGGCGGUUGAGAAGGUCUCCAACGUCAUCCACGAUCGUCUGAGCUUCACGGUCCAGCUCAACAGUCGCCGGGUCCGCCGACGCAAGGUGAGAGCGCCUGAUCUCAAGCCCUGGCAUGUGCAGCCGCAUGACCUUCGGCUGCCGUACGAGGAUGAGUUUGCGCACCUCGGGUGGUCGGCUGACCUCGGCCUGGCCGACACCUCCGUCGUCGCCGUGCCCCUGUACACGGUAUUGGAUAGGCGGGUGGACUGUGCUCUCUCGUCCUGCAUGACUGAGGACGAGGCCGGCGACAGCUUUUCGCCGCUCCAGCUGGACGCCUUUCACGCACUGUACGAGGCCUACCAUGGCGAGGACGCCGCCCCACGACCCAUCGGGCCGCCUACCCUGGGCGAGCGCGAAGUGGCGUCCAGGGAGUAG